AUGGUAAGUUCACCCGCCAAGGACGUUAACGUAACCAGUAAUAACGCCCUGAUUCGGCCAUCCGAGCUUGAAGAACGCAUUCCGUUGAGCCCCCAGGCCGAAGCCACCGUGCUGGAAGGGCGCCGACAACUGGAAUCGGUACUGAGCGGCGAAGACGGCCGGUUCGCGGUAAUCGUGGGCCCGUGCUCGAUUCACGAUCAGCCGGCGGCCCUGGAUUAUGCCGCCCGCCUUAAGCCGUUGGCCGAGCAGAUUGAAGAUGGCUUGCACCGGGCCAGGCGGCUUCUCAUGGAAAUCGCAGAAGCCGGCCUGUAUUCGGCCACGGAAUUUCUCGACCCCAUCGUGCCGCAAUACGUUUCGGAUCUGGUGACCUGGGCGGCCAUUGGAGCCCGCACCACCGAGAGCCAGACGCACCGCCAAAUGGCAUCCGGGCUUUCAAUGCCGGUUGGCUUCAAGAAUGGCACCGACGGCGACCCGCAGACGGCGGUGGAUGCCCUGGUAGCGGCCGGUACUCCCCAGGCGUUCCUGGGCAUCGACCACGACGGGCAGGCGUCCGUUGUAGAAACCCGGGGCAACAAGAAUUGCCAUCUGGUCAUGCGUGGCGGACGCAGUGGCACCAAUUACGACGCCCGUUCCAUAGCCACCGCACAGGAAGCGCUGCUUAAAUCCCAAUUGACGCCCCAUAUCGUCGUGGAUUGCAGCCACGGUAAUUCCAACAAAGACCAUACUCGUCAGCACAUCGCCUUCCAGGAUGUCAUUGGACAGCGGAUUGGAGGCAACGAGCAUAUUCUCGGUGUGAUGUUGGAAAGCAACAUCAACGCGGGCGCCCAAAAACUGGGAUCAAACCCUGAUGAACUGGAAUACGGCGUAUCCAUCACCGAUUCCUGCAUCGGGUGGGACGAGACGGUGAAUCUGUUGAGUUGGGCUUACGAUAACCUGCCGGUCUGA